UGCCCUUGAUCACUCAAUUUCCUCUACGCAAGGCGCGCGCACACCUCUCCCCCUUACCCCCCUAGUUAGCGCCCUCUCUGUUGGGUGCCAACACUCGUUUGCCACGAAAUCCCAUCUCUGAGACCGAUCAUGAAGAUCACGACGAUAGAGGCCGCCUUCGGGUCGGCGAUCCUCCUCUUGUCCCUGGAAUCAUGCGCCGCCACGGUCCAGCACCGGCAUCACCAUAUCCACCCCAAGAGGAUUGGACACGGUCACGGCCACAACCAUAUCCACAGCGACGUCAAGCCCAGCCCCAAUCCGAAAUAUAGCACUCGGGAUGCCACGCUGGUGGCCCGCAACGGUAAGAAGGCGUGUAAAUUCCCGACCGACAAGGGCCUGGUGUCCAUCACCCCCGAAGCCAAGAAUGCCGGCUGGGCUAUGGCUCCCGAUCAGGAGUGCGUGUCUGGCACCUGGUGUCCCAUCGCCUGCCCCUCCGGCCAAGUCUCGACCCAAUGGAAGCCUGGGACGGGUUACAGGUUUCCUGAGUCGACUUACGGUGGCAUAUACUGCAACGACGAUGGUGAAAUCGAGGUUCCUUUCGAGGACAAGCCCUGGUGCGUUGACGGUACCGGCACGGUAGAAGCCGUCAAUAAAGCCGGAAAGAUCGUCUCUUUCUGUCAGACCUCCCUGCCGGGCUACGAGGACAUGAUCAUUCCCACCGAUGUCGUCAGCACCGCGACUCUUGCCGUUCCCGACAUAUCUUAUUGGGACCGCACCGCAGCUCACUUUUACGUCAACGCCCCUGGAGUGUCUGCGAGUGAAGGCUGCCACUGGGGCGACGAGUCGAAACCUGUCGGCAAUUGGUCCCCGUAUGUGGCCGGAGCGAACACUAUCGGCGAUGGCAGCACCUUUGUCAAGUUGGGAAUAAACCCCGUAUGGGAAGCGUCUGGGCUUUACGCCACCAAGCCGAGCUUUGGCCUCAAAAUCGAGUGCCCCGAAGGCGGUUGCAAUGGUCUUCCGUGCGAGUGUGACGGGUCUGGCGUCACGAGCAACAACAAGGAUGCGGGCGCUGGCGGCUCAGAAUUCUGCGUCGUUACGGUCCCGAAGGGAUCCAAGGCCAACAUCGUCGUUUUCAACCUCGACGGCUCCGGCGCAGACAGUCCGAAAUCGCGAUCCGAGCCCGAGUCCUCCACCAGCCAGCUCCCUCCCACGAGCAGCAGCACCCCCACGACGACCUCUGUGCCGCCGACGACCUCGACAUCCUCGGCGGCCCCUUCGACGUCGACGUCGACGUCGACUUCGACUUCGUCUGCCGAGUCGACGACCAGCUCGUCGCAGAGCAGGUCUAGCUCCGUCGUAUCGAGCUCCAGCUUCUCCGCCCCUACCAGUACCGCCACGUUCGGUGGUGUUUUCCAGGAGCCCCUGACGUCUUCCUCGAGCUCCUCUCCCGACGAACCCACCUCGACCGAGUCCCCCGCAUCCUCCACGAGCGAGGCAGAGUCCGCUGCCACCGAGUCAAAUAAGAACGAGGGCGCAGGCCAGCGGCGAGGCGGCGCGGCCGUCGCCGGCCUCAUCGUCGCCUUCGUCGCCGCGAGUUACCUGCUCUAAGGCCGCUCGUUGUACCCGGUAAAUCUUCCCCUUCGAUUGCACAUCUUCGAGUACGAUUCUUGCGUAGCUGAAAGGCACGGCUGUGUCUCGCGCGCGCAAUACUACCAUGGAUUCCGCUGCCGCAGCGUAUGCGUGGUUGUUCUUAUUACUAUUACCCUCUUUUCGGCAACACGAUUACGCACCACUACCUGAGGGGGGCGCCUCUCUCACUUCACGUCUUGCGCCGCAGAGCUGGUCUUUUUCCUUCACUUUUUGCACAUAUAACGAACGUACCCAAAAUUCUAUUCAGUAGUGUCUAUUGUCUAUUUUUCCCCCCAAUCCCCACCCACCCCCUUUUGCUUCCUCUUAUCCAUAUGAGCCCCGGGAUUUCCGAUUCUCUGUGGCUUGCUUCUUCGCUCUUUUCUCGGAUGUAUCCCUUUCGUCUGCCGGCCGGCCUCGAGCCCGUAGGCAGACGUCACAUUGCUUCUUUUUUCCGCUUCUCACUAUACCCCCCGUUAGCGUCGACAAGCGGCUUGGUGCUUUUUACUGAUUUUUUUUUUCGUGUCGUUAUUUUUGUGGCGGGGUUUUACCUUUUCUCUCUCUCUCUGUUCUGUCCUUUUCGGAAACAAGACAACAAGCAAAGAAAGGGAAAGGAGGGGAGAAGCGGUGGAAAAGGGGGAGGGU